ACAAUGCUGCGCGCCGUGGGCUGCUGGCCCCCGAGUGCGGGAAGGGCCGGCCGGGAGGCGGAGCGGAAGCCGAGUGCGAGGGACUAGCGGAGUAAAAUCUCCACAAGCUGGGAACAAACCGCGUCCCGACUCCCACCCCCCCGGCCUUUCUCCAGCCCGAUCUGGAGGCUGCUUCGCCAGUGCGGGACGCAGCUGACGCCCGCUUAUCAGCUCUCUCUGCGUCGCCCCAGCUCAGAAGCUCCGUGACGGCGGCGACCGUGACGGGAAGCCCGCGGCAAGCUCAGUUCUCUUAUACUUUGGGAGAGAGAGAAAGUCAGACGCCCGUUUUAAACUCCCUCUUCAAAACUCAUGUCCUGGGUGACUGUGACUGCGUCUUGCAGUGUUGCCCAGGAUGGUCUUCUUGUACUUCUGACUUCAAUAAGUCCUCCCACCUCAACCUUGUGAAGUGCUGGAAUUACAAGUGUGAGCCACCAUGCCCAGCCUGUUUCACUUUUCUCUGGAAAUAAUGUUGGACUAAAGACAAUUUUACAGAGUUAAUAGAGUGGAUACAACCUUUCUGAAGAUGAAGAAUAUACAAUAUUGAGGAGAUUUUUUUCUUCUUUCUUUCAAGUCUUGAUUUGUGGCUUGUCUCAAGUUACCACUUUUCAGUCAAGUCUGUUUGUUUGCUUCUUCAGAAAUGUUUUUUACAAUCUCAAGAAAAAAUAUGUCCCAGAAAUUGAGUUUACUGUUGCUUGUAUUUGGACUCAUUUGGGGAUUGAUGUUACUGCACUAUACUUUUCAACAACCAAGACAUCAAAGCAGUGUCAAGUUACGUGAACAAAUACUAGACUUAAGCAAAAGAUAUGUUAAAGCUCUAGCAGAGGAAAAUAAGAACACAGUGGAUGUCGAGAAUGGUGCUUCUAUGGCAGGAUAUGCGGAUCUGAAAAGAACAAUUGCUGUCCUUCUGGAUGACAUUUUGCAACGAUUGGUGAAGCUGGAGAACAAAGUUGACUAUAUUGUUGUGAAUGGCUCAGCAACCAACACCACCAAUGGUACUAGUGGGAAUUUGGUGCCAGUAACCACAAAUAAAAGAACGAAUGUCUCAGGCAGUAUCAGAUAGCAGUUGAAAAUCACCUUAUGCUGCUCCAUCCACUGUGGAUUUUGUCCUAUGGCAGAAAAGCUUUAUAUCCUAUGGCAGAGUAAUACUUUACAAUAAAAGCUCUACACAUUUUCAAGGAGUAUGCUGGAUUAAUGGAACUCUAAUUCUGUACAUAAAAAUUUUAAAGUUAUUUGUUUGCUUUCAGGCAAGUCUGUUCAAUGCUGUACUAUGUCCUUAAAGGGAAUUUGGUAAUUUGGUUGAUGUGAUAAGCAGGUAGGUGAGUUUUGUAUAAAUCUUUUGUGUUUGAGAUCAAGCUGAAAUGAAAACUCUGAAAACAUGGAUUCAUUUCUAUAACAUAUUUAUUUAAGUAUAUAACACGUUUUGGACAAGUGAAGAAUAUUUAAUCAUUCUGUCAUUUGUUCUCAAUGAUGUAACUGUUAGACUAAGGCUAUUUGAAAAUGUGCGUAUUUCUAGUACUAUAUUUUGUUGUUCCAAUUAUGAGCAGAGAAAGGAAAUAUAAUGUUGGAAGUAAUGUUUUGAAAUCAUGACCCAAAGAAUGUAUUCAUUUGCACUAUCCUUCAGAAUAACCGAAGGUUAAUUAUUGUAUAUUUUAAAAAACUACACUUAUAAGAGUAUAAUCUUGAAAUGGGUAGCAGCCACUGUCCAUUACCUAUCAUAAACAUUGGGGCAAUUUAGUAACAGCAUUAAAAUAGUUGUAAACUCUAAUCUCAUACUUAAAUUUUUCUAGUAUUCUGAAGAAUAAAAGAUAUUUUUAUGAUGAGAGUAACAAUAACUAAAUUAUUCAUGAUUUUUCACAUACAUGAAUGUUCUUUUAAAAGUUUAACCCUUUGAGUGAUGCUAUCAGGAAAGCACAUUAUUUCUAUAUUUGGGUUAAUUUUGCUUUUGUCCAGGAGGAAGGGAUUUGGGAGAUGAACUCUUGAGGACUUUAGCCAGAUGUAUAUAAUAAAGGUACUUUUGUGCUGCAUUAAAUUGCUUGGAAAAUGUUAACAUUAUAUUAUAUAAGAGUAUCCUUUAUGAAAUUUUGAAUUUGUAUAACAGAUACAUUAGAUAUUCAUUUUAUAUAAUGGCCACUUAAUUAAAAACAUUUAAAGUAUAAACUAUGAAGAUUGACUAUCUUUUCAGGAAAAAAGCUGUAUAUAGUACAGGGAACCCUAAUCUUGGGUAAUUCUGGUAUAAAACAAAUUAUACUUUUAUUUAAAUUUCCCUUGUAGCAAAUCUAAUUGCCACAUGGUGCCCUAUAUUUCAUAGUAUUUAUUCUCUAUAAUAACUGCUUAAGUGCAGCUAGCUUCUAGAUUUAGACUGUGUAGAAUUUAGUUUAGAUAUUGUAUUGUUCAUUAUUAUAAUAUGCUACCACAUGUAGUAGCAAUAAUUAUAAUAUUUUAUUAAAAUAAAUAUGUGAAAUAUUGUUUCAUGAAAGACAGAUUUCCAAAUCUCUGUUCUCUUCUCUGUACUCUCUACCUUUAUGUGAAGAAAUUAAUUAUAUGCCAUUGCCAGGUAGAAGUUUGGAAUAAUUGUUUAGUCUCUCCUAUUAGAUGUGGACAUUUUUGUUUUUGGGUUUUUUUUUUUUCAGGGAUGAAAUAAAAUAUAUUAUUUCUACCUA